AUGACCGAUGUUCCUGGAGAAUACCUGCCCGAAUAUGAGCAAUAUGACGCUGCAGACGAAGUACCAGACUUUAUACCCUCGCACCAAUUAACUGAUGCUGAUACACUCCCGUCUGGAACUAUCGCGGGCUUCGAUAUCAAUCCAAAUGGCGAAUGGGACGAGCUGGACCUCUCUGGACUCGGUGGAGAUCUUUUUCUGAAGGAUGCGGAUCUCUUCAACGGCCCGGGCGAGCCACAGGGCGUAGACUGUGCCGUUGACACAACUACCGCACUCCAGACUCCCACAGCCACCCCUGGAGGACAGACCGAACAGCAGAGGGAACACACCAGCAGUGAACAGAGCAACAGCUUGUCGGCGCCGUUCUCGCUACACUUUCAGCCCAAGUCGAUCCUCCAGCCGGCCGACCACCUGGCCCAUCUCAUUGCCCGGUCGCUGGCCGCAACGGCCGCUGCUGAGCGCUCGCCGAGCGACCACGGGCGCCUGCGAAAACGGCCGCGGCUCUACCACGGCAUGUUUAGCCUGGGCGAGCUGGCCCGGCUGGUGGGGGAAUACCCGAUGCGCAUGCUGCAGCCGACGUUUUGCUCGCCGUUUAUCCACCCGACGCUGUGCCGCCGCCGUGCCGACGGCAGAGGCCCGCCGACGCCGCUGGCCGUGGCGUUUGCGUGUGUCAGCAUGAAGAUGCACAUGGAGAGCGAGGGCACGGAGUUUGUCUGCGAGAUCAUGUCCCACGAGCAGGACAAGCUGAUAAAGCAGUUGCCCAACAUUCUGCACGACUACGAGCAUACCUGCGUCGUCCUGCAAGCCCUCUGCAUCUACGGCAUCGAGGCCUUGAUUGCAGCCAACCGCUUCCCGUCACGGCUCAACGCGGCCGUGCUGCACCACGAGUACCUGGUCCGGGCGACACGGCGUCUUUUGCAGCAGCUGGCCGGCGCCGCCCCGGACGGCCGUUUUGCGCACUCGUUUCUCGGCGCGCCCUCUGCUGUCGACUGGAAGACGUGGGUCGUGCAGGAGUCGCUCCGCCGCACGCUCUUUCUGGUCUACAUUGUCCACGAGCUGCUCCACGGCGCCGAGACGCUCGACCAUGCCUACUUUGAGCCGCUCUUCACCGAGGGCGGCGACGGCAUGUACGAGCACAUGGUGCUUCCGUCCAGCGAUGCGCUCUGGCAGGCAGCAAGCGAGGAAGAAUGGAGGCGGGCCGUGGACGCGGAGGCACUGCAGCCUCCGUCGGAUCCGGGCCUCAAGCUGGGAGAGGCAGAGCGGCGCGUAGCCGACGGGGUGGAACCGUGGAUCACCACCGAAUUUCCACGGCUCCCCGAGCUCACACGACUCAUUCUCUCCCCACUCCUCCAUCUCGGCCGCACGCGCCGCACCACUCUCCAGGGUCGGCCACGCCGGGCUCUUGCGGAUGUCGUCUUUCGUCAGGCCGCGCUUGGCGUCGGCAUACGCGUACAGCAGCGUCUGCGUGGUGCGCGCCCGCGGAUUCACCUGCAGCUGGAGGUCGCUGUAGCCCCACGGCACGUCCUCGACCUUGUUCGUGUCAAACGUCCAGAGCUGAAUGGCGAGGCCGUUCGGGCCCGGAUCCGUCUCAAAGGACGUCCCGGCCGCUUCCACAAGGCGGACCUUGCCCUCGGUGCCCGUCAGCGUCCAUUCUAG